AUGUUGGAAGGACUGGUUGCCAACUUGCUCAACCGCUUCCUGGGCAUCUACGUCAAGAACUUCGAUGCCACACAGCUUAAUAUCGGCAUCUGGUCAGGCGAUGUCAAGCUGCGCAAUCUUGAACUACGCCGGGAAGCGCUUGACCAGCUACACCUACCCUUGAACGUUGUUGAAGGCCACCUGGGCCAACUCACAUUAUCGAUUCCAUGGUCUAAUUUGAGGGGAAAGCCCGUCAAAGUCGACAUUGAGGAUGUUUUCCUUCUUGCCGCACCAAAGGAGGACGCGGAUUACGACGCCGAAGAGGAGGACCGGAGAGCACAUACCUUAAAAAUGAAGCGCAUUGAGGGCGCGGAGGUUCUCCGCGAGCGCAAUGCUGAAGGCAUGAGCCAGGAAGAAGAGCGCCGGAACCAGAGCUUCACCCAAAGCAUGAUUACGGCCGUUGUGGACAAUCUCCAGAUCUCGAUCAAGAACGUGCAUUUCCGCUAUGAAGACUCUAUCGCUUCGCCUGGCCACCCCUUCGCUGUCGGAUUGACGCUGAAGGAGCUCAGUGCUGUCAGCACUGACUCUGAAUGGAACCCUACUUUCAUCCAGUCCACCUCUGACACUACGCACAAGCUCGCAGUUCUCGGCGCUCUUUCUGUUUAUUGGAACACGGACGCGACUCUCCUGGGUACCGGUCGAGGUUCUGAUAUCGGUGCAGAUGCCCAGGGUAUUGGCCACGAUGAGCUGAUGGAGAAAUUGCGCUCUGCAAUCGACGGCGAAGAAGGCAAUCAAUUCAUGCUUCGACCUGUAAGUGGUCGCGCAGGACUUGAAAUGGACAAGUCGGGCAAGUAUGAUCGGCCUGCCAUGAAAGCCCGAUUGCUCUUUGAUGAACUCGGGUUCGUCUUGGACGACAACCAAUAUCGCGAUGCCCUGAUGCUGGUCGAUUUAUUCCACUACUUCAUUCGCCACCAGGAGUACAAGCGAUUCCAACCCAAAACGUCACCCAAGGAGGACCCUCGGGCAUGGAUGAAGUUCGCUGGAAAUGCAGUCCUCAGAAAGAUCCACGAUCGGAACCGACGAUGGACUUGGGACUACAUCAAAGAGCGCAGAGACGAUCGCCUUUCGUACAUCAAUCUAUUCAAGAAACGGAAGCGAGAAGAAGCGUUCACACCCGAAGAAACUAAGGAGAUGGAGAGAUUGGAAUGGAAGCUCAGUUACGAUGAUAUCCGGUUCUGGCGAUCUCUGGCUCGAAAUCAGCUGCGCAAAGAAAAUGUCGGCAUCAAAAAGCCCGCCCAACAACAGUCAUGGGGCCAAUGGCUCUGGGGUAGUAAGAAGGAGGAAUCAGAGGAGCCUGCCAUGACCGACGAACAGCGACAAGAGCUGUACAGUGCCAUCGAUUGGGACGAAAAGAAGGCUCUUGCAGAAAGUGUCGACGUACCUCGAGAAUGGGUCAAGCUGCAGGUCAAUUGGAGUCUUCGGGCUGGUAGCUUCACUUUGAAGAAGGAUCCUCAUGGGGCAGCUAUCGAAGUCAUGAAGCUUGUCUUUGAUAAUUUCCGAGCCAAGGCGCUUCAGCGCCCAGAUUCAUAUCUCCUUGAUAUUGAUCUUGGAGGAUUGAAGAUGUACGAUGGUACUACCCCUGGCACUCUUUACCCCAAGAUUGUUAGGGUCAAAGACUCUCUUCCAGAGCCUGCCAAGGAACAGCAAGCCAGCACGGAUGAUGAUGAUGAUUUAGCCUCUCAGGCCAGUGCAGAUGAUCUCGAACAUGAAGACAGCCUGUUCCAUCUGCAGCUGGAGAAAAAUCCCCUUGAAAGUGAUGCGGAUACAGCAGUCAAGGUCAAAUUGAAGAGUAUCGAAAUUAUCUAUAACCCUCGAUUCAUGGUGGGCAUUGUCAAGUUCUUUGAGCCUCCUGAGCGGCACAUGGAAUCGAUUGGUGCACUUUUGGAUACCGCCGGGGCUACUGUCGAGGGCCUGCGGCAGCAAACCCGAGCAGGCUUGGAGUUUGCCUUGCAGGAACAUAAGAAGGUUGACGCGCAAUUCGACGUGCACGCGCCUUUGAUCAUCGUGCCCGAAAGCAUUACACAAGAAAGCUCUCUGUGUUUGAUUCUGGAUGCGGGUCAUGCCAGUGUCAACAGUGAGCUGGUCGACCGACAGGCCAUGCGAGACCUGCAAUCGAAACAGAAGCGCCAAUACGAAGAGGAAGAUUACAAGCAGCUCGAGCACCUGCUCUAUGAUCGUUUCCUCAUUAAGUUGGACUCUACUCAGGUUCUUAUCGGCCCCGGAGUGGAGGCAACUAAAGCGCAGCUUACCUCGGGUGUCGAAUCUAAGAACUUCCAUCUCAUCGACCGCAUCAACGUGGACUUUGUUCUCGAGAUGUGCAUUGUUCCUAAAGUGACUCAACUCACCCGGACCCGAAUCUCAGGUCACCUUCCAGAGCUGCAUGCAACUAUGUCAGACACAAAGUAUAAGGGUUUGAUGAAGUUGAUUGACAUCGCAAUCCCGCAAUUCGACGAGGGUAAAGAUACUGCUAGUCCAGUGGCUAAAGUAGCUGAAGAAACAGAAACGGCAAUUGCUACCCGAGCCAGAUCAGCAUCAUUCCAACCCGCAGCUCGACGAGAUCUUCCAGUUGUUGACGAUGACGAAGCCGAGUCAGAAAGUGAUCACGCUAAGAAGAGCCUGGACACUUCCAACAAUAUCCACCGCCGAGACUUCGAGUUCAAGUUCAAUGUUGGCCGCCUUCGGGGCUCCCUUUUCCGAUCCGACUCGCAAGAUCCACUCAAGGAUAAGUUGCUGGUGGAACUGGUUGCUGAAGGAUUUGAGCUCGACUUCUACAUGCGGCCUUAUGACAUGGUCGCCGAGGUCAUUCUGAAGUCCUUGAGUGUCGAUGAUUAUAUCGAAGAAAACCCCGUGCCCGAGUUCAAGAGGAUCAUUUCAUCCAAGGGAUUUAACGCGGACGAGGAUAAGGAUCUUUUCUAUUUGAAGAUGGUCCGCGUGAAGCCUGAGUCUCCCGAGUUCGACACAACGUAUGAAGGUGUUGCAAUGAAUCUCGACAUAUCGGUCUCAACCAUCAAUCUCGUCGUAACAAGAAAGACGCUUUUGACGCUGCUUGACUUCAUUCUCUUGACUUUCACAAGUCCAGAGCAGCCAGUUGAUGAGAGCUCGCAGUCAGACAAGGCUAUUCAAGAAACAGCCGAUGUGGAAGAAACGCCUCAACAAGCUGGAAAGAUUCGCAUCAAGUCCAAUUUGAAAAGCAUUGCGCUUAUUCUCAACAAUGACGGAGUUCGACUUGCAACACUUAGUCUUAACACCGCUGAUGUUGGAAUCUUCCUUGUGGGCCACGCGAUGAGCAUUCAGUCUCGAAUCGGCAGCCUGACACUAGUUGACGAUGUCAAUUUGGGCGCACCAGAGGACUCGGACGUUCGCCGUCUUCUGACAAUUGAAGGUGAUAACUUCGCAGACUUCAAGUACGAGACUUUCGAUCCUGAAAGUGACACCUACCCUGGAUACGACUCUGAGGUCUAUCUACGAUCUGGAUCGAUCAAGAUCAAUUUCAUGGAGGAACCUUACCGGAAGAUUAUCAAUUUCCUCAUCAAAUUCGGCAAGAUGCAAGCAAUUUUCAACGCAGCUCGCCAGGCUGCCGCGUCUCAAGCCAAUCAGCUCCAAGAAAACCCCUCGCGCAUGCGCCUGGAUAUUGUGGUCAACACCCCCAUCGUGGUCUUCCCCCGAGUCAUGGCAGAUGAGUGGCCUCGAGACACGAUUACUGCCUAUCUUGGUGAAAUCUACGCCAAGAAUGAGUUCGUUCCCAUGGACGAGACCAAGGACAGCCCAGCUGUGAAUGUUAUCUCCACCGGUGUCCGCAACAUCCGCCUGACAUCGAAGUUCCACUUUGACGAGGGCUUGGUGGAAGAACUGGAGAUGAUUCAGAAGGUCAACCUCGACUUCAGCAUCUGCUAUUUGGAGCACCAGGCCAACAACCCACGACCGGAUAUGGAGAUUGAAGGUUCCUUGUCGCCUAUCAACCUUCGGAUCUCCCAAAGUCAGUUGAAAUUCUUGCUCGCUCUAUCCAAAUCGAUCCCGGGCGCCUUUGCAACCGAUGCUGAACAGCAGGAGCUCGAGGCACUGGAAUCUCUGCCCUCAUCCGUCACUGAGCCCACACGGGAGGCCACCUCCAAGGCUGUACAGGCUCAGAAGGACUCUGAAGCGGCUACAGCCGAUGAUGGCGCAAGCAAGGAGACUUGGGUGCGACUUGACAUGAUCUUCAAGGUCGAUAGCGUUGGACUGGAACUCAUCCUGGCCAAUGACAACCAACCUGUUGGUCGUUUGGAGGACUCCAGUCUAUCCAAAUUCUCUCUCAAUGACACCCGAGUUAAGCUUCGCAUGUUGACGGAUGGCUCGCUGGAGUCAGAGCUUCUGAUCCACUCGUUCUCCAUUCGCGACAGUCGCCGACAAGACUCAAACAAGUUCAGGAACAUCAUGUCCUUGAUCAAUAAUGAUGUUCAACAGCAAUUCAUGGCCAGCCUGUCCAUGUCUCCCGGGCCAGAAAAGCAUCUCAUUGCGAUGUUGACCAUUGAUAGUCCUCGGAUCAUGUUUGCUCUUGACUAUCUGUCUGCCUUGCAGUCAUUCAGUAACUCUGCGUUCACCAGCGAGGAACCCGCAGGAUUUUUGGAAGACGAGGCUGACUCUGUCGACGAAUCCGAAUUGGACUCCGAGGAGGAUUCCACCGACAAAGCCAUCACCGAAGCGUCGGCUGGAGAUGGCGCAGCUGGAACAACCGUGUCUUUCCGGGUCAACCUGGUCGAUGCCCAGGUUAUCAUGGUGGCCAACCCCACCAUUCCUCACUCCGAGGCUAUCGUUCUUGGAACCAAGGAGAUUCUCAUCUCCCACCAGAAUGUUUCUACAUUGCAAAUUCAGAAGGUUGGCAUGUUCUUGUGCCGCAUGGAUAAGUUUGAGACUAGUCGACUUCGCAUCCUGGAUGAUUUCACCCUUGAGUUAUCCGUUGACAGUCGAUCACAAGACAAGGGCUCCGCUCUUACCUCGAUUGACGUUCACCUCGAGCCUCUUGUCCUCCGUCUAUCUCUGCGUGAUAUUCUGAUGGCAAUUCAGAUUGUCAACAAGGCUUCUGAGAUGAGAGCUCAGAACGCACAGCAGCUAGAGGGCGGAGAGGCGAAGAAGAUCACUGAUGCAAAGAGCACACGAGCCCGGUCUGGAAGUAAGACUUCUUCCACCUUGGCCCACAGAACUCGCCGCCGCGUGAGCCAGACGGUCGAGACGAUUGACAAGAGUAUCCCUCAAAGCUCAGCUGUUCUCAAGCGCGAGGAGCUGUCAGCGAAGAUCGAUGGUGUCCGAGUUAUCCUUAUUGGUGACUUGCACGACCUACCCCUACUUGACUGGAGUGUCAAGAAAUUCAAUGUGGAUGUGCGGGACUGGUCAUCUACUUUGAGCGUGGAUACCAGCUUCGAUACUUUCCUCAAUGUCUACAACUUCUCUAAGUCCGCCUGGGAGCCCUUGAUUGAGCCUUGGCAGUUUGGAUUCCACAUGGCGAAAGAAGUCAACCCAGACGUAUUCUCCAUUGAUGCUUACUCACAUAAAACGAUGGAGCUUACCGUCACGUCGGCCACUAUUGCGCUUGCAUCCAAGUCUUUCCAAUUUCUCUCGACCGACGAAGAUGUACUUUCCAAGCCACGAGGCGCUGAUGCUCCUUACCGAAUUCGCAACUAUACUGGAUUUGAUCUUCAUGUGUGGGCUGAUGUCGGUGCGGGAGAAGAUGGCCCUGCUGCGAAACUGAGCGACGGAGAGGAAUAUCCGUGGCGAUUUGAAGACUCUACAGCUGUUCGAGAGACCCUUACACCCGAAGGUCACGGCGGAAUCGUGGGAGUCAAGCUGGAAGGAAGUGGAUUCGACAGCAUCAACCGCAUCCCCGUUGUUCGUGAGGGUGAGAUGGUGUAUGGUCUAAAGCCGAAGCGCGACAAUGUCCUCCAUCGUCUCCUUGUGGAGGUCACUCUCGGAGCCGAUAACGUGAAGUACAUUACAUUCCGCUCACCUCUGCUUGUGGAGAACAACACCCAGAUUCCUGUUGAGCUGGGUGUAUUCAGCCCUGAUGACGGUCAUCUCUUGAAGAUCGAGAAGAUUCUUCCAGGUGAUGCUCGACCUGCACCCGUUGGCUCAGCAUAUCUCCACCACGUUGUUAUUCGUCCUGAUCAGGGCUUCGGCUAUGACUGGUCAAACGAGCGGCUGUUCUGGAAAGACCUCAUGAAAAAACCUACACGCACUGUCAAAUGUAUGAGCGAGAGUGGGCAGCAGUCGCCGCCAUUCUACUUCCAGGUAAACGCAACUUAUGAUAGCAAGGACUCUCUGACGAGCGUGUAUCCUUAUAUGAGGAUUCGAAUUUUUGCUCCGGUUGAGAUCCAGAAUCUUCUGCCGUACGACUUCAAGUACCGCAUUUACGACAAGAACACCAAGAAGGACUGGACGAAUUUCUUGAGAAAGGGCGGCGUGAGCCCAGUUCAUGUUGUUGAAUUAUCUCAUCUGCUCUUGCUCAGCAUCGACUUGGAGGACACGGUGUUCAAGCAAAGUGAGUUCGGCAUUAUCAACGGAAAUGCGCAGGACUACCGCAGAGAGCACACCUUGUCCCUGAAGGAUGAAAGGGGUCUUCAGCUGAAGUUGAAGCUUCAUUAUUUCAACAUCCCGAACAGCGGUGGCGCUUUCAAGGUUUCUGUCUACAGUCCGUACCUCAUUCUGAACAGGACUGGAUUGCCCAUGGACAUCCAAAGCAAGGGCUUCCUUCAGUCCGCUCGCAACGCUGCCGGACAAGGACUCCGAGUCGAUCCGAGAGAGGGUGGUCGCGCACUGCCCUACAUGUACUCCUACGGUGCCGAGGACCAGAAGAACCGCUCGAUCUUGAAGGUUGGCGAUUCCGCCUGGAGUAAGCCCCAGAGUUUCGAGGCCAUUGGAAGUACCUUCGAAGUCAUCCUUCCCGACCAACAGGGUAGAUCUGAAUUCCAUUCUGGUGUCUCUGUUGCUGAGGGUGAGGGCAAGUACAAAUUGACCAAGGUGGUCACUCUCUCGCCCAGGUUCGUUCUGAAGAGCAAGCUCAACGAAGACAUUCUGGUACGCGAGCCAGGUUCAUCAAAUGUGCUCCAGAUCAACAGCGGAGAGCUGGUUCCGCUCCAUUUCCUGCGCACAAUCACCGAAAAGCAGCUCUGCCUGUGCUUCCCUGGUGUUAACAACCAAUGGUCUUCCCCAUUCAACAUCGCAGAUGUUGGAACAGUCCACGUGAAAUUGGCCAAGGCAAACCAGCGCCAGAAGUUGAUUAAGGUUGAUGUCAUUUUGGAAAGGGCAACGCUGUUCCUGCACUUCAGCUUCGAGUCUCGCAACUGGCCAUUCUCUAUGCGCAACGAGAGCGACACGGAGUUCAUCUUCUACCAAGCCAACCCCAACGUGGAAGAUGAUGAAGACGAUCGCUCAACCACUUGGCGUCCCAUUCGUUAUCGUCUGCCGCCCCGGAGCAUCAUGCCUUAUGCAUGGGACUACCCGGCAACAAAGAACAAGUCUCUUGUUGUGAGCUGCAAUGGCAAGGAACGACACAUCAAGCUCGCCGAGAUUGGUAACUUGAUUCCGAUGCGCAUUCCACCCAAGGGUCCUGGGGAAUACCAGAGGAUCGUCGACAUCAACAUCAUUGCCGAUGGCCCCACUCAGACGCUUGUACUCUCCAACUUCAAGCCAUCAAAGAGUAUCUACAAGCAGCAGAAGGGUCAGUCCUCUUCAGCAAGCAUGGGUACCGGAUUUGAGGUCAAGGAGAUGAAUUCAGAUGUGAACUUCAAGGCCCAGCUCCGUCUGGGAGGCAUCGGAAUUUCUUUGAUCAAUCAGAAUUUGAAAGAGCUGCUCUAUCUCACUUUCCGCGAGAUUGAGAUCAAGUUCCGGGAGUCGAGGAUCUACCAGACCCUCAACACAACCAUCAAGUGGAUCCAAAUCGACAAUCAGUUGUACGGUGGCAUCUUCCCUAUCCUCUUGUACCCCAGUGUGGUUCCCAAGACUGGAAAGGAGAUGGAGGCGCACCCUAUCUUCCACGCAAUGGUCACUCGCGUAAAAGAUGACUCCUAUGGUGUUCUUUACAUCAAAUAUGCGACAUUGCUUCUGCAGCAGAUGACCCUCGAGCUGGAUGAGGACUUUAUCUUCGCCAUGUUGGACUUCGCCAAGAUUCCAGGUGCUUCUUGGUCAGAGGAGCAGGAGGGCACACUAUGUGAUGAGAAGCUCAACAUUCCCGAACCGCAACAGGAAGACAACGGUCAGGAUGUGUACUUUGAGCUUCUUCACCUGCAACCCAUGCAGCUGGACAUUUCGUUCAUGCGAACUGAGCGUGUCAAUGUAGAGGAUACCAUGCAGCCAUCCAACCCUCUCAUGUUUGUUGUCGACGUCAUGACCAUGUCAAUGGGUAAUGUCAACGAUGCACCGGUCCGAUUGAAUGCUUUGAUGCUGGAGAACGCCCGUGUGUCCUUCGGUAGCCUGGUCGGUAACAUUCAGGCCCACUAUACUCAAGAAUUCCUGCGCCAAGUCCAUGUUAUUCUAGGCUCCGCUGACUUCCUCGGGAAUCCCGUUGGUCUGUUCAACAACGUCAGCUCCGGUGUGGCCGCUAUCUUCUACGAGCCCUACCAGGGUCUCGUCAUGACCGACCGACCUCAAGAGCUUGGCAUUGGUAUUGCCAAGGGUGCCACAAGCUUCGUCAAGAAAUCGGUUUUCGGUUUCUCCGAUAGUAUGGCGAAGUUCACUGGAAGUAUGUCCAAGGGUCUCGCCGCCGCCACACUGGACAAGGAGUUCCAAGACCAGCGCCGCAUGUCUAAGUCUCGCAACCGUCCCAAACACGCAUUGUACGGUAUCACAGCCGGAGGAAGCGCCUUCGCAACUAGCCUGGCCAGUGGUAUCGGAGGAUUGGCCCGCCACCCCCUGCAGGGUGCCGAGAAAGAAGGCAUGGCAGGAUUCUUCAAGGGUGUCGGAAAGGGUGUUCUGGGCCUUGCUACUAAGCCGGCCAUCGGGGCCUUCGAUCUUGCUUCCAAUCUUGCAGAGGGUGUCCGAAACACCACAACUGUCUUUGACUCAGAAGGCCUGGACCGCGUACGUCUGACUCGAUUCAUCGGUAUCGACGGCAUUGUCCGUCCCUACUCGCAGCGAGAGGCACUUGGCCAGUUCUGGCUGAAGACCACCGAGGAUGGAAAGUUCUUCAACGAGGACUACAUCGCUCACCUGGAGCUUCCUGGCCGAGACAUGCUGGUUCUGUUGACGUAUGCACGCAUCAUGCUCGUGCGCACCAAAAAGCUCUCUGUUGAAUGGGACAUUCGCCUAACGGAUAUUCAAACGAUAUCCAAAGAGCGCACCGGCAUGAGCGUUACCCUCAAGGGCGGGGCAAAUGGUCCUUUUGUUCCUGUCCAGGACGAGAGUUCCCGAAACUGGCUAUAUAGACAGAUUGCUAUUGCGGUCAAUGCCUUCAACGAGAAGUAUAAUGGACGAGGAUAG